AUGCAGUACUUUGUCGACAAGGGUGUAUCGUCAGAUGCAGCCCAAGCAUGUGCUUUUGCAAUUUGUUUUUAUACAGGCUCAAAUAGUGGAACGAUCAAUCGUGGUGCAUCGACAAUGGCUCGCCGAGGAAACGGUGAGGCGACUAGCAUAUUAGAGGAUACGGAAGCAGAUCACGCUAGUAUCAUCAUGUACUAUCUCAUCUUGGGUUUAUCGCAUAUCGACUUUUAUUGGGGUACCGUCACACGUGCGGUUAAUAUGCAUGGUGAAGAACUAGAUCAAUACUUCGAAGGUGCUCUUGUUACCUGGAUUCAGUUCAGCAGUUGCAUGAAAGGUGAUCAACCGGCAAAGCAUUUCGCUAAACGUAAUACUGUCUUUACUAUUUUUUCACUUACUGGUCGUAGAAUUCAAGAGUUUUCUAACUUUCCUGACGAAGAUGAAGUUCUUUUUAUGCCUCAUUCGUCUUUUCUAGUUACUCAUGUGAAGAGAGACAACUAUCAAAAUCGUAUUUUCAUGCGCCAAAUUGAGCUUGGAUUAUGUCAACAUUCAGUUAUGUGGGUCGAUGAUAAUAUUUUUGACACAACCUGGGGAAAUAAGGUGCAAAUGGAAAAGGCUGGUACACUUGGAGGUGAAGUAAGUGUACAUUUCAUUCCUAAAGUCAAUACUCAAGCGGCUCUCAUCUUUCUCAAAUCAGCAUUUGGACAACGACUAAAGGGGAAACCGAACUUUCGCAUCGUUACAGACAUGCAUCGUGACAAUGAAUCUCCAUCGGAAAAUGCUGGUGCACGGUUUCUUCUUGAAGUUCGUAAGCUAGGAUUUGAUUGUCCAUGCCUUGUUUUCACUGGUAGAAAGCAAGAAUCAAAGGAGCAGCUUGCAAAGAUACUGGAUCCAGACCAACAGGAAAAUAUUCAGGUAGCCACCUCAACUGCAAACUUGGAGAAAUUUAUCAGUUUUGAAUGA